UCCGCGUCCCGGAGGCGGAGUUGCCCACCGGACGGGACCGGGGAGUGAGCUAAGGAGGGGACAUUAAUUUUAUCUGUGCAGAAGCGUUUCAGUUUCAGACACCAUGACCACCAUGGAUGAUAAACUGCUUGGGGAGAAGCUGCAAUACUACUAUAGCAGCAGUGAGGAUGAAGAUAGUGAGAGGGAAGACAAGAAUAAAGAUGUGGCACUGGGUGAUUCUGUUCCUGGAGAGACUGAAAUGUCCAGGGAUGGUAUCACAGUUAACACAGGUCCAAAAGGUGUUAUCAAUGACUGGCGCAGAUUUAAGCAACUGGAAACCGAACAGAGAGAAGAACAGUGUCGAGAAAUGGAAAGGCUUAUCAAGAAGUUAUCUAUGACUUGUAGGUCUCAUUUGGAUGAAGAGGAUGACAAACAGAAACAGAAAGAACUGCAAGAUAAAAUCAAUGGGAAGAUGACUCUGAAGGAGUAUGGCAUGAUGAAAGAGGAGCAGGACGAUGAAGAGUUUUUACAGCAAUACAGAAAGCAGCGAAUGGAUGAGAUGAGGCAACAGCUGCAUAGUGGGCACCACCAGUUCAGGCAAGUCUUUGAGAUCACCAGUGGGGAAGCAUUUUUGGACACAGUUGAUAAAGAACAGAAAAGCACACUCAUCAUGAUUCACAUUUAUGAAGAUGAUAUCCCUGGGGCAGAAGCAAUGAAUGGCUGCAUGAUCUGCCUUGCUGCUGAAUACACCUCUGUCAAAUUCUGCAGAGUGAAGAGCUCCCUCAUUGGAGCCAGUUCCCGCUUCACCAAUAAUGCUCUUCCUGCAUUGCUGAUUUAUAAGGGAGGAGAAUUAAUUGGUAAUUUUGUCCGAGUCACUGAUCAGCUUGGAGAAGAUUUCUUUGCUGUGGACCUGGAAGCAUUUUUACAAGAAUGUGGUUUGCUCCCAGAAAAAGAAAUGGUAUUGCUGUCAUCAAUUCAUAACCCAACUGCUGGUUUCAGUGAGGAUAGUGAUCUGGAAAUAGAUUGAAGUAUUAGGGAAAGGGAUUACUGGUAUAGGGGUGAAUAAGUACAAAUAGGAGACUUGUUUUCUGAGGCACAUAUCUAUAUGUUUAUUUUUGUUCCUUGUGUCCUUUGGCUUUUUGCCUCUUCUUUGUAAACUCCUUUGUUAUAUGUAAAAUUAAACGUUCUUAACAUUUCUUAGAUUAAAUCAAUAAAGUGUUGAAUCAC